AUGUUCCUCCCAAGAGCAGACGGAGAGAGCGACGGGUGUCCAUCGGGGCACGUAUACUGUGCGCCUCCAAGCGGCACAGCGGCGAUAGUCGGCAACCAGUCAGGAGACUCGGAUUCAGGGAGCGGAAACACGACCUACGCCAACAAGCCAGGGAUGCACCGGUUCAUCGGGAUCGCGAUGGUCAUCGUGCUGCUCGUCGUCGCCUUUGUGAGCUGGCUGUGCUACAUCAAGCGGACGAGGAAGGAGUCGUGGGGGGCAAGCGCCCGCGCAAUGUUGUGCUGCUGCGGGCCGAGGAGGGGUGGUGGUAAUUCCUCAAAGACGUCUGGCUCGGACGCGUCGAAUGUGCGGCCUGUGACGCCUGUGGUGUCUGAAAAGGACCAGCGGCGGUCGUCUGUGCUGCUACAAUCAGAGCCACGCGGACUGGUGAAGGAAGUGUCGGGUGGUGUGGUGAUGUUUACAGAAGCGCCGAGGGCAGCGCUGCUUCCGGGGAAAGACCGGUAUCCCGUCGGUUGGGAAUUCGAGCAUGUUGACGGUGUCAGGUUCGAGGUCAUCCCGGUCACAUCGCCAUUCAGUGAGGAGUCCACCGCCGCCUAG